GUUGCUGCUGCUGCUUCUGGUUGGCGAGGCGAGCGAGCGUGCGCGUGUGUUGUUAGCGAUGCCGACGCCGUCGAACCCGCUCUACUUCGACUUCAGGGCGGCGAGGCGGGUGCCGGAGACGCACGCGUGGCCGGGGCUGCACGAGCACCCGGUGGUGGACGGCGGCGACCAGGCGGAGGGGGAGGAGGACGCGGUGCCGGUGGUGGACGUGGGGGCGGCCGACGCGGCGGAGCGGGUGGCGCGCGCGGCGGAGCAGUGGGGCGCGUUCCUGCUGGUGGGGCACGGCGUGCCGGCGCGGCUGCUGGCGCGCGUGGAGGAGCGGGUGGCGCGCGUGUUCGCGCUGCCGGCGUCGGAGAAGAUGCGCGCCGUGCGCGGGCCCGGCGAGCCCUGGGGCUACGGCUCGCCGCCCAUCUCCUCCUUCUUCUCCAAGUGCAUGUGGUCCGAGGGCUACACCUUCUCCCCCUCCUCCCUCCGCUCCGAGCUCCGCCGCCUCUGGCCCAAGGCCGGCGACGACUACCUCCUCUUCUGUGACGUGAUGGAGGAGUUCCACAAGGAGAUGCGGCGGCUGGCCGGCGAGCUGCUGGAGCUGUUCCUGAGGGCGCUGGGGCUGACCGGCGAGCAGGUGGCCGGCGUGGAGGCGGAGAGGAAGAUCGCCGGGACGAUGACGGCGACGGUGCACCUCAACUGGUACCCGAGGUGCCCCGACCCGCGGCGGGCGCUGGGGCUCAUCGCGCACACCGACUCCGGCUUCUUCACCUUCGUGCUGCAGAGCCUCGUGCCGGGGCUGCAGCUGUUCCGGCGGUGCCCCGACCGGUGGGUGGCGGUGCCGGCCGUGCCGGGCGCCUUCGUCGUCAACGUCGGCGACCUCUUCCACAUCCUCACCAACGGCCGCUUCCACAGCGUCUACCACCGCGCCGUCGUCAACCGCGACCGCGACCGGCUAUCGCUGGGCUACUUCCUCGGCCCGCCGCCGGACGCCAAGGUGGCGCCGCUGCCGGAGGCCGUGCCGCCCGGCCGCAGCCCCGCCUACCGCGCCGUCACGUGGCCCGAGUACAUGGCCGUCCGCAAGAAGGCCUUCACCACCGGCGGCUCCGCCCUCAAGAUGGUCUCCACCGCCGCCGCCGCCGAACACGAGGACGUCGUCGACGUUGAGCUACCAAACUAGCUCUCACUCCUAAACAAAAAAAAAACCUCUAAAUGAGCAAAAAAAAAAGAAAAAAUAUCAAAAAUGGUGGUACUUGUGUUUAAGGUUUCCUCCAUGCAAUUGGAUGCAUGCAUGCAUGCAAAGCACAGCAUCUGCAGCUGCAAGAAUUACAAGAGCAGAGAAGCAGAUAGCUAGCUAGAGAUAAAAAAAAAUAAUUAAUUAAGCAUGCAACCAAGGUUAAUUAUUCUCAAUUCAGAAGAGAGAAAACAAAAUCUGGGAUUAAUUAAUUGGUUAAGAUUAGUAUGUUCAAAUUUAGCUAGAUGUAGAAAGAAAAAAAAAUCAAGAUGAAGAGAGGACCUGAAGAAGGAAAAGAAAACGAAAAGGACAUGCUGUGUUGUCUCUUGCUAGUUGUACUACCUUUGGCUUGUUGAUUAGUGCUUUGUUUUGUUGCUGCAAGCUUGUCGUUACUGAUUAUUAGUUAGUUAUGCAUCUAAUUGAGUGGUUAAUUAAUUAAUCGACUUUUGGCAUUUUGGCUCAAGCUAAAAGCUAGCCAGGCUGGUCAAUGAUAGGAACUGGUACAAUUAAUUAAGCAAUUAGACCUGAUCUUGUACUGACGUGUGUAUGCAAGUGAUGAGCACCACCACUGGCUAGCUAAUAGCUAGGCAUGUAUUUUGUGUGUAUAUACAUGUGUAUUAUAAUAUAUAUAUUCCUACAGUCGAACAGGCCAUGGAUGUGUAAGCUAGUGCAGCUACAAGUCUGCCACUGUGUAGGACACAUCUGGCUUUGUACUGUUGUGCAAGCAUGCUCUCAGCAAGUUAACAACCAGAUGGGCCAUGCAUACAUCCAUGAGUAGUGACCCACAAGGAUAUACAAUACAAGAGGUGAAGAAGAGAAGAACAGUAAGCAGGGAAUAGUACUCUUACGGUUUUAUAUCAUAAGAUAUUUUAGUUUCGUAUAAAUUCAUAUAUAGAUCAACGAAUAUAUUUUAUAUAUGUGUCUGGAUUUAUUAGCAAGCUAAAAUGUCUUAUAGUCUGAAGGAAGGUAAUAUGUGCUGGCAUUGUGUGUGAAUCAUGUAAAUGAAUCAGGGAUUGAGAUUUAAUUUUGUUCAAAAUGAGUGGAAGAAA